AUGCUUUCUCAGUCUUCUAUUCUAUUAUUCCUUCUGUUCUCCGUGAACGGGGCUCUUUUCCGUUUCAUGGGAUCUUCCAACGAAGAUCCAUUGAAAAUCGUCAAUAACCAUUUUGUGGAAAUAAAGAAGGCUUGUAAGGACUUGAAUCAGACUGCUAUUCGGCAAUUGAUCGUCGCUACAGAUCACGACAAAAUCAAUAUCACCAUGACUAUGUUAAUCUUUGGAAGUUACGAAUACUACCCAACAGAAGUCGGAUACUUUGAAGAAGGACACAUUCAUACUACGGUAGAUAUGAUCAAGCCAGGGAGAAAAAUGUACAUGUAUUUCUUCCUGAGACCAGCCAGACCAAGCCCAAGUGGAUGGACAAUCUAUAACAUAACAUAA